CAGUUAGAGUCUCCGGCCGCUGGGUCCUCCGGGUCCCCCCCGCCGCCACCCCCGCCCCCGCCAAGGCCCCCGGGUGCCCCGGCGUGCUUGCUUCCUCGCCGAAUCCCGGAGCCGCCCGCGAGGACGGCCGAGGCCCGCAGGAGUGGUUGGAAGGACAAUGUACAUGCAUCUUUGGACAUCAUGAUGUACAUCCGGCAAAGGAAAGAGACCAAAACCAUAGAAGUCGCUGAGGACUUUCCGUCACCAAAAGAAAAUGUGAAGUUGGGAAAGAAGUUGCCAUCUGGUUGUGCCUCUGGAAGGUUCUGGAAGACCCUGUCGUCUGUGGUUGGUGGACUCCUGGCCCUUGGCAUUGGACUUCUUACGUCCGUCUACCUGGCCACCCUGCAUGAGAAUGACCUGUGGUUUUCCAAUAUCAAGGAAGUAGAGCGAGAAAUCUCAUUCAGGACGGAGUGUGGACUGUACUAUUCGUACUACAAGCAGAUGCUGCAGGCGCCGACCCUCCUGCAAGGUUUUCAUGGCUUAAUCUAUGAUAAUAAAACUGAGUCCAUGAGGACAAUUAACCUCCUUCAGCGAAUGAAUAUUUACCAAGAAGUUUUUCUCAGCGUUUUAUACAGAGUCCUCCCCAUACAGAAGUAUCUAGAACCCGUUUAUUUUUAUAUCUACACUCUUUUCGGGCUGCAAGCAGUUUACGUCACAGCCCUUUAUAUAACCAGCUGGCUCCUGAGCGGCACCUGGUUGUCAGGACUGUUGGCGGCUCUCUGGUACGUCACCAACAGAACAGACACCACGAGAGUCGAGUUCACCAUCCCACUGAGGGAGAAUUGGGCCCUGCCUUUCUUCGCAAUUCAGAUCGCCGCAAUUACCUACUUCCUGAGACCAAACUUACAGCCUCUUUCUGAAAGGCUGACACGUCUUGCCAUUUUCCUGUCGACUUUUCUCUUCAGCCUGGCAUGGCAGUUCAAUCAGUUCAUGAUGUUGCUGCAGGCGCUGGUGCUCUUCAUCCUGGACUCGUUGGACAUGCUGCCUGCUGUGAAGGCCACCUGGCUGUACGGCAUCCAGAUAAGCUGCCUGCUCCUUGUCUGCACGCUCCAGUUUUUUAACGCCAUGAUUCUGGGGUCCUUGCUCAUCAGCUUCAACCUCUCAGUACUAAUUGUAAGAAAGCUUCAGAAAAACCUGAAAACUGGGACCUUUCUGACUAGGAUUGGGAAGCUCCUGCUGCAUUUACUUCUAGUUUUCUGUUUGACACUUUUGCUCAACAACAUUAUUAAGAGAAUUCUUAACCUGAAGUCAGACGAGCACAUCUUCAAGUUUCUGAAGGCCAAAUUUGGGUUUGGAGCGACCAGGGAUUUCGACGCAAAUCUCUACCUGUGUGAAGAAGCCUUCGGCCUCCUGCCCCUCAACACAUUCCAGAGGCUCUCCGAGACGCUGCUGUUUUACGCCUACGUGUUUGUCCUGCUUGUCACCGUGACCACAGCCUUAGUUGUUGCCUUUCAUAAUCUCAGCGAUUCGGCAAGUCCGCAGCCCACGGGUCAGACAAGAAAGUGUGCCGUUGACCUGAAACCGGAAGCCGCUUACAACUUAAUCCACACCCUUCUGUUUGGGGUCUUGGCGCUGAGUACCAUGAGGAUGAAAUACCUGUGGAUCUCCCAUAUGUGUGUCUUCGCGUCAUUUGGCCUGUGCAGCUCUGAGAUCUGGGAAUUGCUUCUGAGGCUGCUUCAUCUCUGUAACCCAAAGAGGAUCUGGGUCAUGCGGUAUUCGGUGCCAAUACUCACGCUCCUGUACCUGUGCUGUAAGUCCUGGCCAGGAAUGAUGGAUGAACUCUCCGAGUUGAAAGAAUUCUACGACCCAGAUACAGUGGAGCUGAUGGACUGGAUCAGCUCUAAUACGCCAAGAAAGGCUGUGUUUGCCGGGAGCAUGCAGUUGCUGGCUGGAGUCAAGCUGUGCACGGGCCGGACCCUCACCAAUCACCCACACUAUGAAGACAAGAGCCUGCGAGAGCGGACCCAAGCGGUCUAUCAGAUAUACGCGAAGAGGUCCCCAGAGGAAGUGCACUCGCUCCUGAGGUCGUUUGGCGCUGACUUUGUGAUCCUCGAAGAUAGCAUCUGCUAUGAACGCAGGCACCAAAGGGGCUGCCGGCUGCGCGAUUUGCUGGACAUAGCUAACGGACACGAGAUGGACGGGCCGGGAGAAAGUGACCCCGACUUGAGACCUGCUGACCACCCUCGCUUCUGUGAGGAGAUCAAAAGGAAUCCGCCAUCCUACGCAGCUCACUUCACUAGAGUAUUCCAGAACAAGACAUUCCACGUCUACAAACUGUCCAGAAAUAAGUAACUGUCCAUUCGUAAAACCGCAGUGCAUCUACAGCUGACUGAGACGUGUCUGUGAGUUAGGAGCAGGCCCUGACUGGCAGGGAUUGCAGCAGCUGCAGACCACCCUGUCUCUAUCCAGACCCUUCCACUGAUGUCUGUCUUUCCCACCCUGUCCGUCUUUCCCAUGAGCGUCCGUCCAUUCGCCUGACUGUGUGCGCCUGCCCGAGGCUGGAUGGGGGAUUUUGCCACCAGGGGAGUUAGUUAUGUGUGACCCUAUGGUGGCCUGGGAAAUGAGAGCCUGUGUAAGAUCUGAAAUACUUGUGAUUUUCAGUGACCCCGAGCCGGUUAUGAAUUAGUUUAGUUGGCAGGCUGCACGGUUCAGUUACUGAUACUUCUUCACCACUGAACCCAAUCGGUGGCUUUUAAAAAGCUUAUUGUCCUGUCUCGUUAAACUUUUGUAACGUUUCCCAAUCUAUCAUGCUUUCGAAUGUGAAGAAACAAAUCAUGUUAGGUCUUUCUCUAAACUGUCACAUGUUCAGAAGUGUGGGGCAGAUUUAGAGUAUGUGUGUGGAUUAAUCCUGGGCACAGCAGUCAGGGUGAUGCUGGACACACUCCUUUAAGCCCAGUGCCCAAAGGCAGAGGCAGGCAAAUCUAUCGAGAGUUCAAGGCCAGCCUGGUCUAUAUAGUGAGUUCUGGGCCAGCCUGGGCUAUGUAGACAGACCCUGUCUCAAAUCAACAAAGUGUCACAGGUCUCAUACUAGAAGUCUGUGGGGCGGAAGUGCACGUAGCCGGGUAGCCUGUGCUACUGUUACAGGCUCUUUUUAAAACCCAUCGGUGCGGUUUAGUCUCCCUUGCAAGUAAACUAGUUUUGCUUCAUUUCUUACUCAUUUCAAUGUACCGGGUUUGCAGAACUUUGUAAACUUUCUUGUGUUUUUAGCCUUUGUAUUUUUUCAUAGCCUAGGAACUUGCAUUGUAUGGGGAGGGUUUUUUAGAUGCUGUGUUCCUGACCCCUGAAAUUCAGUGUGGUAUUCUCAUACCCUUCGACCUGUGGUCUCCAGUCUUUCCUCUCGGCCCCGGCCGGAGAUGCCACUUUUCUCCCUAAGAGGUGACCAAGUGCCUCCAAGCUGCACUCGAUUGUAAACGGCAGAGAGGAGUGUACCUGCUCAGAGUUUUUUGAUAAUCGCUUUUAUAAUUCAUUUCUAAUAGUAGGGGCAUGUAAAAGCUGCUGAUAAAGGCAUAUUGUCCACUUAAUUAAAUCAAGAAAACUAAUGAAAUUAACUUUCUCUCCUGCUCUUGCCAUUUGGAAGUGAUUUAAAGGUUUCUCCUCACGCGUUAGUGCAAUAAAUCCCCUUGAGCAACCGGGUCGGGGAGCACCACGCGCUCCGGUGAUUCCGCUGUUCGGUUACUACUUAAGUAGCUUUCCAAAAAAAUGCAUUUCUUUGUCUCAUCAGGCUCAGGGUUUUUAUGCAAAACUCGUUUAACUAAAACAUCAACGGCCACUGGAACUUUGGAAUCCUGCCUUUUCUGGACCCCUUCGUAAGUUUGGAGACCACUGCAGUUUGGGGUAAUGCAGCAAGCAGAUGCGUUCGCUCGUGCCAAAACUUUAAUGAAGCCAGCAAUGCCGCGUGCCUGACACAGCUGCCGGUGCUGGUGGAACAUUCUGGGCCAGUGCCUUACUCUUAAGGGAGAGCAAGGACAGGCAUCACAGAGACCCCAUGACUGUUACUUUGUGGGUGAGCUUGCAUUUGUUUUAAACAUUCCUGUAUGUGCUCGUUAUCACCAAUCGGUGUUUGGCGUCUUGGUAUCCAAGAGCCGUGGACUUAACUUUUGGAUGCACACCCUUACCGGGGUGACAAGUCACGCUAGUGGGCGCUCGAUUUCCUCACAGCGCCGUUGCUGCCAAACCAUUUCCUGAAAACUGAGAAGUGCCAAACCCCCAGUCUUCACACAGGCGCCCUCCCGAGACACUGUGAUGUGUACAGGACAAGUUUCUACUCUUGGUGAGCAAAUCAUGUUUAAUACUUUUUAGCUCAGAUCAGGACUACAGCUUGUGACCUUGUCAUCAAGCGCCCAGGAGAAAAGAGGACCCACCCUCGGCUGAAACUGGAGCCCCGUAGGCCUCACUCCCUUCUGUUUGGGCCCUGGGGACUGUCACGUCUGGGUAAUAGCAUUUCAGUUGUGACUCCAGAUAGAACAAACAGUAGGCUUUGCUUCCGAGUUCGCGGAAGAACCUCCAAGUACAACAGAAGUGCUCUUAAUUAACGCUGUGUGUGACGUGUGACUCCUCGGAGCCUCAAGUCUCCAGCCCUCUUGGGAGCCGCCUGCUGCAAUCCGGCAGGUGGCCUCUGCCUUGCGUCUGCGCUCCUGGUGCCUAGCUCCAGCCAUGGUCCCAUGGGUACACUUUCUGCUUCUGAUUCUAAGUACAGAGCCCAACCACAAGAGGCUGGGGUGUUUGCCCGGCGUUGCACAAAGCCCUGGGUUUGAUGGCCACCCAGCACUGCAGCAGACAGGCGGACAGACGGAUGGACAGACGGACAGACAGACAAAGAGGUACUUUCGCAAAAAAUGUAAAUCGGAUACUCUGAUAAGGUGGGUUUCCCCAUGAAAAUGGCUUUUAAAUGUAACGCCUGCAGAGACAGCUCAGGAGUUAAGGGUGUAUAUGGGCCGUGCAGAGAAGACCCUGGCUCGGUUCCGGGCACCACGCUGACCAGGUCACAACUGCUCGUGACCCUGGCUCCAGGAGCAACCAGGGGGUCCUUCUCCAGGCCUCGACAGGCACUUGGACUCCUGUGCCCAUUCCCAUACACAGACAAAGAAUUUAAAAUAAAAGGAAAAUAGUUUUUAAAAAUUAAAUGUGGAGGCAGGCGGAUCUCUGUGAGUUCAAGGCCAGGCUGGUCCGACAGCCUCCAAAACAAUACAGAGAAACCCUGUCUCGUAAAAAACCAAAAAAUAAAUAAAUAAGAAAUUAAAUGUGAUCAGGAAAGUUAUUAAAUAUUGGUGGGGGGGAGAGGAUGAAAAUGAAGGGAAUGAAUGAGCUUGGAUUCCUCAUGUGGUCCUCCCGCCUUCCGAAUGUCUACUCUGGAAGCUGGACUCAGAGGUGGAAAACUUGCCCAGCGAGUGUGACGUACUCGGUUCUGUCCCCAGCACUGGAGGAAAAAAGUUCUUCCCAAAUCAUGCGGUUGGUGUGACUUACACAAGAAAGACCUGCAGGCUAGGGCUCCCGUGAAGUAAGAGCCCCCCAGCUUCUCAUCAGAAGAUCAGCGACUUACUGCCGUCCACCGCUGGUUGACAGGUCCCCCCAUUAACCUCCAGGCAGACAGUUACUGCUCCCGUGGCUGACAGAGCUCCUGCUAAGUAAGGACGGCCGCCCCCACCGCUUGAUUUCCUGUGUGUUAGCCAAGCAUUAACAAAAACCGAGGCCACUAAAGAGACAAAGAUAUUUCCCCCAAAAUGCAGCUCAUCUUUAGCCAAAGCGUACUUGAAGCAUUGGUUUUUUUUAAAUCACAGCUGUGGCCAGAGGAAGAGCGUGAAGUGUUCUCCGGCCCUGUCUGUCAAUCAUACGCCUACAGCUGCUCCAGCUGCGAUAGCCUGUGGCUGCUGCGGGGAGAGUGCCCGUCUGAUGUCAGGCCCUCUGCUGGGGAAAGCUUAGAGAGAAGCGUUUCUAAUUUGUUGUGCUGAAUUGUAUGGAGAUUGUAUACUAAAUAAAGCUCUUUUCAAUGA